UUGGGGAAAAGGCAGGUCAAACCUCAGCUUCAUCUCUCUCCUCUUGUUCUCAGAUUGGUUGAAAUCUUUAUCGUGGUCUUCAGCUCAAUAAUGGCUUCUUCCUCCGUGAAUCGCUGGCUAAGGCCUGAGGUAUAUCCAUUAUUUGCGGCAGUUGGAGUUGCCAUAGGGAUCUGCGGGUUUCAGUUGGUCCGGAAUAUUUGCAUCAACCCUGAAGUGAGAAAAAUAUUCUUGUUCAGGGUAGCCAAGCAAGAUAGGGCAGCUGGAGUGCUGGAGAACUUCGCCGAGGGAGAAAAAUAUGCCGAGCACGCUCUGAGAAAAUACGUCCGCAAUAGGAAACCAGAAAUCAUGCCAGCCAUCAACAGCUUUUUCACCGAACCUGAAAAGAACUAGUUGCCUCUAGUAUGAAACUUAAAAACAGUUAUGGGAUGUAACAUUUAUUUUCAUCUAACGUGUUGUUAUUGCCUCCGACAUGAGACUUGAAACAGCUGUGGAAAGCAAUCUGUUUGAGAGUGUAUUAAUAGCAUGCUGCUUUGUGUAUGGUGGAGUAUUUUGUAACGACGUGACCACUGUUUGGAUUUGCCUUUUUAUUCAAAACUAGGAGGAGAUCAUCGCGUGUAAUUAUGCCCAAA